UUUGUAUGACACCCCACAUGUCAUCCAGAAAAUGUGACAAUCUCAAAGCCUUGAAGGACAGAAAGUAAUGAGUGAGGUUCAUUUGUCCCUCAACGAAAUCAUCGCAGUACGAUUGGACGGAAAAAUAAAAUGUAACUUCUUCAGUCUAAUUAUUCAGAUGAAUGAGUAAAUGCCGGGGAUCUGCUCACGAUGCUUUUGUAAAGUUUACUUUGCUGAAGAGAAGUUGGCGUUGGGGAGAGUUUUUCAUGCUUCUUGCUUCUCCUGUCGAAAUUGUGGAAAAUCAUUGGACAGCUCUAGCGUGACAACAUAUGAUGAUGAUCUGUACUGCAAAAAGUGCUAUCCAAAGCCAAAAGCAGUCGCCCAUAAUUUUUGGAGUUCAAUAAAGCAACAACGAAGUGACUCCGGUGAUUCUAGUGACUGUGCAGCUCCCGAAAAUUUCAUCUCGAAGUCAGAUGUCGAGGGGAAAUCCGGAGAAAACAGCGACUGUGGGGCUCAUGCAAGUGGAGAAUAUUCGACAUCGUCCCUUAAUGAAUUGAUUUACAACCCCAAUUAUAGAAGGUCUACAUCCCUUCCUGAUGGGAACGAUCUUGCGAAAAUCACACCAAAAGCCCUUCCGAAAGAUCCAAUGACUCGCGAAGUCGCCUGUCAUCGUGAAGAAUCGCCAGAAAUUGUAAAAAAUGUUGAUCAGGAAGCUGUUGAAGAGGAUCAAGUGAAAGAAUCUCGUCCGAUUGGGGAACAGAGAUUACGAGGUGGCUCCGGAUGUCAUUGCGGUCAGAACACAUUAAAUCGAGACCCAAUUAUUCGUCACGGGUGUUCCUGGAGAACUUCCAAAAAUUGUGAACCACCCCCAAGCUGUUGCAAAAUCGACAAGUGUUUGGAAAAGUCCAAUAAUCGUCGGGGAUGCGGAUCAUGUAGCGGGGGUUGUGCAGGGGGUUGUGGUGUUUCUGGCUUCGCUUGCCUGCCAUUGAAACCGCGUCCAGGGGCAGCUCAAUGUUGCCAGAGACCAGUGAGGUGUCCUGCUCGCCGAAAUGUAUUCGAAAAGUGUAGUGUUACCCUUCCGUGUCGUAAAUCGUGUGAUAGUCAUCUCAGACCAGCCCCUGAUUGGCAAAAUGCACCUGCCAACUGUGAGUGCCUCGGUGGGGGAGUGGACUGUCAGCGUUGCGGAUUGAAAGUUUAUCGAGCAGAAAUGCAGAUUGCGUCCGGAGUACCCUACCAUAAUAUUUGCUUCAGCUGCUACUGUUGCCGAAAACCAUUGGAAACGUUGACCUACCAUGAGCACUGUGGCGAAAUUUAUUGCAAACGUACUACAAAUUUUUGCCAGAAUUUUCAAUCCGCAAACGGGGGAUAUAUUCAAAUGUUACAUACGCAAUUUUGGACCGCAAGGAUACGGUUACUCUGGGGUACUUCAAACUCCAAUGUGAACUUAGUCCUGAUCCCUCAUAAUUUGGAAUAUCUGGGAUCGUUACGCCAAACGAACUUCAACACGCAGAAAAUAAAAAAUUACAUCAAAUUGAAAUAUUUCACGAACUCAUUAGACCUAUUGUGCCACUCGCAAAAUAAAUUCCGUCAGUUCACAAAAUUAACUGUAAUGUACAAUUUUUUAUUUUCCAUUUCUCUCGCCCGAGCUCUUUUCUCAAAAAUUUAUUAUUUACAAAAAUUUAUAAAACCUCUCUUGGUUGAUAUCGAUCAUCAAUGAAAUUUCAUUUCUCAUAAACUCAUAUAUAUCUAUCAAAACGUGAUUUAUAUCUUUGGAGUAAAAUAUAAAUAAUCUUCUUAAUAUCACAGUUGCCAUCAGGUACAUCAUGUUCAUCACAUAUCCUGAAAAUGGAGAAGACAUAUUCUUUAAAAUAUCAUGAGUACGUACGUGUGGAAUCGGUAUCGGUAAUUAUUUGAGAAAAGAUAUCAUCCAAUUUCCUUCAUAUACAGUGUAUUUUUCAUUAUGUCAACAUUCCAGUUACAGUCAGCAUACAGUCCAUUAGUUUUUAAGUGUCAAGAGUAAAUGUUUCACUCUCCAUUGUAUGACAAACAAAAAAUUUGUUUUCACUUACGGAGUUAUUGCUUGUCAUGGAAUUCCAAUUAUUCUCCUAUCAUUUUCAGCAUUUAAAAUAUCUAUACGUUUAAAUAUUUCUUUUAUUUAGUAAUCAUUGUGGAUGUGUCCUCAAUAAAAAAUGCAGAAUUCUGUUGGUAUUUUUUAAAUCUGUAUUUUUGUACCAGUAUUGGGUACCAAAAAAACUGAUCAGUGGCCCUAGCUGAUUAGAAACAAAAAAUUGUGAUGUAAAAAUCCGUGAUGUAAAGCAAAUAAAUCUAAUCUGUCGAAUAUUACUGGAAUAGUUCCCAAAAUUUUAUGAGUCUAUCCGUAAACUAAUACUUAAGCCUUUACGUGUACAGUCAACAUGAGUAAUUAAUGAUCAUCAUUGAAUUAAAGAAAUCCCAUUGCAAAUAAAUUCAUCACUGAAAGACUAGCGAAAUGAUCCGAAUGAACAAUCACAUUCUACGAAUGAAUGAAUGUGGUAAAGAGAAGAAUUUUCUUACUAGGGUGAGUCUCCCUAAUUUUAUUUUCCCAAAAAAGGAUAAAGUAACUACUUUAAUUAUCUCAAAAUUUGGAAACCCAUAUACACAGAUUUUACAUAAAUAAAAAAUACAUUUUAAGACACAGGCUAGACAUGCAAGCCUGUGCGAACAAUGUGGGAUUGACAAAGAAAUGUCAUUUAGUACAAAUGAUUGUAUAUUAUUAUAAAUCGCUAGAUUUUUCAUCCAAUCCUACGUCAAGUUACUUUGCGUUUACUCAGCCAGCAUUUUAGCUGUAUAAAAAUAUAUUCUGGACGUCCCUCACUUGCAUUAAUUUAUGAAUCUUUUGCGACGAUUAUUUUGUUUGUUUCCGUUAUCACUUCCUCCAAAAGCACAAUCGGCAUUUGAUGAACAGCUAGUCAUCGAGACAAUUAUUAUUUUUUUUUUUUUUAAUGAACAAAAUCUAAGAGACUACUAAAAAUGAAUCAGUCUUCGCACAGGCCUAUCUGCAGAACAAAUAGAAAUACUUCGGAUCUGAGUGUUGCAAUUGUGAAGCUGUACGGAGAAGAAAAUGGAUAAAAAGUAUCGUAAAGUAUAGUAAUAUUUUUCUCUCCGUGUGAGAUAAAGUGAUGCAAUGUUGGAGUUUUUUAAUGUUGAUUUUGUGAAGGAAUAAAAAAAAAUAUGAGAGCAGGCUUUUCAAAGUAGUGAAUAUUUGUUGUAGAUAAUUUUCCUCUGUUGCUGGUCCGACGGAGGUCAACUGAGUCUUAGAAAUUAUUGUUAAUAUGCAUAUUUUUAUAGUCUCAUCGUUGCGUGCGUCCAGCUUGUGUUUAACCAGUCAGUCUG